UCAAACCGUAUGGUUUUCCAGCGUAGAUAAACGGCUGUUUGUGUAUUCAGUAUUUUGUAUACGUCUCGGUGUCAAGCGGUUUUACAUGAAGGUUUUUUUUUAUCUGGUGGUGUUUGUCGUUGGUUAUGCAGCUCGUCGGUGUGUUCCAUAGAGUAUAAAUGAGUUUUGUUUGGGAAAGGUGAAAAAUAUAAAUAAUUCGUUUCGAUGACAAUACACACGUACAGCUUCCUAUGAAUAUGGAAAGCUGCUGUGGCUUUGUCAAUUCGAAGAAAAUAGGAUUUCGGUGCUGAAUAUUAUACGGAUUUGUUGUGUGGAUUUUCUUGUGUAAAUUUGUAAAUUUGGUUGGUGUUGGUGUUAUAAUUUAAGUGAUUUUCAUCUGAAUGAGUGAGUCGAUAUCUCAAUAAUUGUUUUUGAUAAAACGAAUGAGAAAAUCGAAAAUUUAAUUUUUUUUUUUGUGUAAAAUUAAGCCAAGACAUUCCCGCAUUGUGUGCACAUCAUCGAUAACACUUUAUUUUUUUCAACAAACGAUUUUUCGAUUUGAAAUGUAAAAACGAAUAAAUCAACAAGUUAAAAGUGAAAAUAAAAAUUGUCAUUGGAGUAGAACGUAAUACACCAAAGGGAAGAGCAGUGCUGAAACAAGAGUAAAUCCACAUCAAGUUCACAACGUUUAUCUUCGCAGUGAUGAAAAAUGGAGCCUCCAAAAACGAACACCAACAACCAAACAACCAAGCUCAACGAACAUAAAUCAUGAUAAACGCUGGGAUUAUAAUGUACGAAAAUAUCGUAUAUCAUAUUUGAAUUUGCCUACACAACGUAAUACACACAGACGCGAAACAAACCAAAAACAAAAAAAAGCGAACAAACGAACGAAUAGAGUGUUACCGAAAUUUGUAAAAGUGUUUCGUUUUCGGGCUUCGAACACCAAAAAAUGUAUUGCACAUGUUCGCUUAACAAUCAAUGGAUGCACCAUAAUUCCCAUCAAAAUAUGACAACAGCACCAACAACAGCAAAUGGUUGCAUAGACAUUAGUUCGUCAAACAAUUGCACAAACUUGAAAUAUUCACCACACCACAACGCAAUGCGACCGAAUCCACACAUGAUCCCGUGACGAUAUUGUACCUGUAAAAAUUCUUGCUACUACUGCACUUACAACACUCCAUCUUGGUUGCCACAUUGUCCACGACAAUCAACGUCUCAGCCAGCUCUAAACAUUACCUGCACAAACGGUGACUGCAAGCACGGACCCCAAUUUCCUCAACCGAACACUAUGUUGGGACAAUCAGCAUCUCCGGCACUGUCCGCGUCACCACCUCCAGCUCCAAUACCACAACCGCCAAAUUAUCAUCGUUCAUCCAGCGUUGGUCUGUGCUCGCGAUGUCGAUUUGCUAUACCACCGACAAGACACGAUAUGAAUGAUGAUGAACAUCAUGUGCACCCCGGCGGACAGCCAAUUAACUAUGGAAUGGGACCAAAUACGUAUACGGGUUAUGAUGCUCGAGGGCGACAAAAUGAUGACGAUGAUUCGGCAUGUCCAGCUCUGCUCGAACGUGAAUUCCAUUCAUUGCAUCGUAACGUACCUGGCCUUCGGCGUGCUGGUGUCGAUGCAAAUGCAAUCAGACAGCAUUUCUAUCCGGACGGCGGUUGGGGUUGGAUAAUAACUGGUGUUGCAUUUCUCGCUCAUGUUCUUACAACUGGUUUCCAGCUAUCGUACGGUUUGUUGCUGUUGUAUGCAACGCUCCAUUUAGGCAAAGAGGUGGCAACGGAAACAGGUUGGAUUGGUGCAACCAGCUGGUCCGUUUCGAUGUUGUCAUCGCCAAUAAUAAUAGCAAUUUGUCGCCGUAAAUCAACGAGACUUAUCGCUGUUCUUGGCGGUUUGGUUCUAUCGCUAGGAAUUCUGUUUGCUUCGUUCGCAACGCAGUACCAUCAAGUGGCGUUCAGUUACGGAUUUGUGGUGGGAGUAGGUGCAGCCAUGGUUAGAGAGUCAUCGGCUUUAAUGCUCGGUCAUUACUUUAAAAGACGAAGACAAUUUGUGGAGAUGAUAACAAUGAGCGGUGAAGGUAUUGGUGUUGCGCUAUUUUCGGUAAUACUGAAAGAGGGUGUUGGUAAAAUGGGAUGGAGACUCGGACUUCAAGCAGUUACCGGCUUAGUGUCUAUUAGCUUUUUUAUGGGUCUACUUUAUAGGCCUGCAUCCCUUUACCAUCCUCAACGCCGGGCUAUAUUACAUCUAAAAAACCAACGAAAAAAGGUAAAAGAAAAGAAAACGCACAUCCGAACACCGAAACCGCCGUUCAUUGAUUUUUCACUAUUUAAAUCAUCCACCGUUCGUAUGUUCAUACUAUUCUCGUCCGUAGCAUCGUUUGGUAUCUACACACCGAUAUUCUUUAUGUCGUUACACGGUUAUCAGGAGGGUUACGACGUUCAAGACUUGGUUUUGUUGCAGACAUUUUUGGGUUUGUCGAUAGCAUUUGGAAUUGUUUUCAGUGCAUAUGCCAUAAAGAAAGUGUGUCAACUAUCGUAUCGGAAAAUUAACAUAACGCGACAGCAUGUUUGUCAGGUAAGCGUAUCAUUGAUUGCAAUUUCAACCCUUAUCAUAUCAGCCGUGUCCGGCUACCGAAGUUUAUGUAUUUUGGCAUGGGGUUACGGUUUGGGGCUGGGUGGAUAUCGAUAUUCAUUAAAAAUGUUUGCUCUCGAACGAGUCCGUGCCAAACAUUUCACAAAGGCUUGGGGCUUUAUCAAGGGUGCAGAAUCGAUACCUGUCCUGCUCGGUGUGCCAAUAACAGCAUUCCUAAACGAUUCAUCGCAUCGUUACGGCCGUGCCGGCUAUUACAUUUGUGCAGCUGUGGCUGCGAUAUCAGCCAUUCUAAUGUUUUUCGUUCCGAAUACAUCCAAUGGACGGCAGAACUUGUCCAAAUACUCGACGAACGGUUCAAUAACAUCUCACUGCACCAUGCCGACGAGCGACUGUCCCGAUUUAUUAAAUCGAAGUUUUUCGUCUGGACGGUACAAUAAUUGGUAUAGCACCACAAUGACAAAUGGGUGUGCAUCAGCUGGUCAUCCACACUAUACACCAACGCACUAUCGCUAUAUUAAUGGUGGCCAACACGGAAAUCACUGCCAAAAUGGAAUGAUGAAUGGCAGCGUUGGUCGAGGGCGAUUACAAAAGAGUUUAUCGUUCGCUUUUCAGACACCACCGAAUUGGAACGAAAACUAUCAGACUUGCUAUAACAAUGGCAUCAAUUAUCAUCAAAGACCACAGUCAAGAUGUGAAAUACACACACAGCCCACUGCAUACAGUAAUGGUCUUCGCCAGCAUCCGUCGCGGAGUCGAAGUGUUCCAGAGGGUCUGGCUCAUUAUCCCGCGCAAGGUUGCGAUUGCCAAUGGUCAUCGUGCCAUAACAAUGCUCGUUGGCAUACAGGUAGCUUUCGUCACCAUUCACGCCCCAUCCAUCUUGUCGAACAAAUAACAACUUCCGUUUGACCGUAAGGAUUUUGUGUGUAAAACAUGGACGAAAAAAAAAUUGUGUUCAACUGUGUGCGCGCAUCUGGUGUGGCUGCAAUAUUUUAGUAAUAAUAAAUGUGUAAUGGCAAGUGGUGAGUGUUAAACACGGAAAUAAUUCGUUUAAAUGUUCGGUGUGGUCGUUUUCAGUAAGUGUGGAUGAUUGUUUUUAAGAGCCCAAUUUCGUUGUGAUAUAUAUAUAUACACACUGUACGCGCCACACACAGCAAAAAAUUAUUGAGAGAAAAACAAAACGUGAAAUUAAAGCUGAUCGAACAAAAGAAAAUUUAAAGUGAACUUUUGGUGUCUAGUUCUACUGUACGAUAGACUUUUCCAUGUGUUCAUGAUAUACCUAGCUAUUGGAAAUUUGUAUUUUGAAUUUUUGUAGUCAUGUAUUGCCGAACUAAGAAGGGCCUAGCUACUAAACCCCUUUAUGAUUUCUUUACACGUUUUGUAUGGGAGCAAAAACUGACAAAAAAUUUAAAUUAAUUUCGAGUUGGAUCUCUACGACCAGUUACUAGUUUCACAUCCUGUCAGCUUCACGCAUGAUCGGAUGGGCUAGAAAAAACCCCUCAAUUGUCAUCUAAUGAUCGUAGAUCCUCAUCUUAGAUUUCAUGGUACCCGAAGGUGCGAAACCUGAGAUUGGUAUAUGGCGGAAAAUCCCUAUGGAUAUGCACAUCAGUCUCAGGUGCCAAGCCACAAGAACAGUCAGUGUCGAUGGACCGAAACAACAUUUACAUCGCGACAUUUGUAUCAGAUGGUACGAAAUGUUUUCUCAUAGCUAAGUCCAUCUCAAGCUCAAGGAUUCUUUCGAUUGAAAUUCUUAUACAACAAACCUAGAACUGAUAGGGUGAGCGCGCCAGUCUCCAGAGGUGUGUGUCAAUAGUCAGUCGCCUAUUGUUUUUUCAUAAUUUUUAUGAAUGAAGGUCCUUCAUUGAAGGAUAACAUUAGUUGUACAACUACUGAUAUACACAUCUCUGUAGACUGGUGCCGCCACCGCCAACCUAACGAAAAUUUUGAAAUAUGAACUAUAACGGUCAUCGAACUGCAUAAUACAAGCUUGCCCGAACCUUUAGUGUCAGCCUUACUCUGGCAUGUUAUUGCACUGCAAAGUGUUGGGAAAUAAGAGAAUGAAAUCGAACAGUGUAUAUGUAUAAGUGAAGCGUCAAUCGUUACACUAUUUUUAAAAAAAUGUCAGUAAAGUGAGAGUCGAAAUUGCAUUGUAACAAAAAAUUCUACCGAGAGAAGUCAAUUGGUAUCGGGACCAUUAGGUCUCUAGGCUUAUAAAAUACUGAUAAAUUCCCAGAUAAUCUCAAAAGUAAUCUCUCCCACACCCCUGGUUCGAAUAUAAUUAAGUAAUCGACACAAUGAUAAACCUAAAACAGACAUUUAAACACUUGAUCCGAAUAUGUAUCGGAACAACCCAAAUUUUACAAUGAAUGAUAGCACACACCACACACCCUUUCCAAACCAAACGACCAAUAAAAAUUAAUAUUUUAACCUAUAGAGGGUAUCGACUCUAUCGAUUAUUAUACGUAGAAAGAUAGAUACUUAUACCAUUUUGAUUUAAUGCUGUGAAUUGUCGUAAAAAAUGUAUUCGGCUCGUUAAAAUAUUCUCGAAGCGUAUUAAAGAUGGUGGAGUAAUAUUUUUACGAUUUCUCUUCGUGUAGGUGCUGGCAUUCCAAUUUUAUAUUACUGAACUGAAGGUGGGAAUUGGUUUUAGUGCAGUCGCAAACAGAGCUGUUUGGUUGCAGGGGGCAUCGCAGAUGAUUUACGAUGUCGUUGCAUGUAAUACUUUUCAAUGUUUUAUGAUGAUAUUUCUACGUUUUAUUAAAAGUGGCAACUUCGUCAUCGUCGUUCUAAGCAACUAAAUCCUAAAUUUAAUUCCGUUCAUUGUUCUUUCAAGAUUUACUUCUGUUUUAGUAGGGUGAUGGAGAAAAACUAGUUGUUGAGAUUUUAGCCACGUUUUGAGGCGUUGCGUUUAUCGUCCAGACACUGGACCUUUAUUUUUAAAUUUUUAUUCUAAAUUUUCCCGAAAUUUCAUCAAAACAAAUACUUUCACGCAAAUCCAGAGGUCCCGGUCCAGAGUCAGGGUGUUUGAAAUUCAAUCACUUGAGCUUGUUCGUAAGUAAAAUGAAUAAGUGUACCAAUAUCUCGAACCAGCACCCUAUCUAUCGUUCACUGCCACGAUUUUGAAGACAAUUACUUAUUGAAACAAAUGUUGUUUCUCCAGCUAUAGAAUACAUAGAAUAUAAUUUGAGCGGGAGGCGGAUAUAAGUAAAAAGUUCUUCGAAACGUAUCUUUUGGUAAUUCUAAGAAAAUCCCUUGAAAAAUUGGCAUGAAAUCAUCGAAGAAACGUUUUCCUUUGAAAAUCCUUUGUCGAUAAAAUUGUCUUCCAUUCGUUUAGAAGUAAAAUUCGGCUGAUUCAAUUAACUCGUCGUAAAAUUCAUAAGACUCUAUUGAGACAGCUAAAAAAAUAAGCAACGGACAGCUAAUGUAGUCUUUAGCAAGUGUAUGUUAAAACUGAUAAAGUAAUAGAUUUUCCACCAAACCCUUUGAAUUUUUAUGCUUUCCGCCUAUAAACCUUGAAAGACGUCGUCAGCGUUUCUAGUUUUUUUUGUCACUAAAUAAGUUCCAUGAAAUGAAAGAAACAAACAAAAUGUUUUCAUUCAGAAAUCGAUUUCCUAUUUUCCAGCAAGAAAGAGUAUACCUAUUUAAGCUCAAACCCAAAACCCCUAUCAUUGAUGUAAAAUGAAACAAAGAAUUUCUUUUGGUUAUUGUUGAUGCCUCCAUUGAUAACGGGUCUUUCUUCUUAUAAUAUACAUUUCAGCCACGUCUAAAAAACAUAUUAUUUUCAGUGGCAGAACUCUAAUAAUAUUUUAUUGAAUCUUCUCCUUUUCCGGAACGUCGUCGUAUAUCAAUUGAUGUAUUUAACAAAAAAAUAUUUCUUGCAGAAAUUUUAUACUCGUUGAACUGCACGUAAUAUGUUGUAGAAAACACUGAUAAAAAUAACAUACGCUCUGGAAGCGACAGUGUAUGCUCGUCAAGUAUAUAAAUAUACUGUUGUGUGGAUCCUCCUUUAUUAUACUUCAGGAACGUAUACUAUACCUUGCCGUCGAAUGUUAUUAUUUUUCUCAAAUUGAAUAAUUAACUUCUUGAUGCACUAGUUCCAUGUUAUUCUAACUUCUGAAUCUUCCCACAUACUGAGGCUUUAACUUAUAAUUUUUCUCUUUUUUAAACAAACAAAAUAAUACUCAAUUUGGCACUACCAACUACGAUCACUCGCACUUGAACUGCGUCUAAUCAACUGAUAAGUGAAAAUCUCCCUAAUCUACACUGUCGACGUAAAACUUAUCGACUAACGUAUGUCGUGCAUAUUAGAUGUAUAUCAUACACAUCGAAGGUUACUUAAGGUCAAAGAUUUAUUUUCUCUCAGUGUCCGACAGAACAGGAUCCGAUAAUAAGCUUUUUGUUAAAUUGAAAAAGUUCUCAAAACGUCAGCCAAAUAUUCUCCAAUUUUCUUGUUCCAAGUUCCAAUUGAAUGGGUUUUGACGAGCAAAGAGAAGAGUAUAUAACAUUGAAAUUAUGAGUGGUAGGUAAAAUGAUAAAAUUAAAAUUAAAUUGAAUGUUAAUUAAAAACAAAGAAA